CAACCUUAUACAAACUUUGGCUUUAGCCAGAUUCUCAGCAUCAGUAAAAUCACACGCCGUCGCACAAAUCCCCACCUAGCCCUCAUACCAGACCGUGAUAUCAUGGAAUCCAAUAAUGGCGCUGCUGAUUGUGUACUUAUUAUCGUCGCCAUCAUUUUCCCCCCUGCCGCAGCAGCUUUCAUCUCAGGCUGCGGCUGUGACCUCAUCGUGAACAUCUUGUUGACUCUGCUCGGAUACCUUCCCGGACUCCUCCACGCGCUCUGGCUCAUAUUCAGGCGUGUCAACGUUCAGGGGAGACGUACUAGGGGUAGUUAUCGAUACACUGGUGCGGAAACACCCGCUCCAGCGCCCCAGCAAAGUGCUCCACAGCCACCUGAAUAUGGUGCCACGAACCAGCCAAGUGCCUCACAGCCGACCACAUACGCAGCAACGAGCCAGCCCGUUGAUGCUCCUCCGGCAGUCAAGACUUGAAGAGCAGCAUGACCCAACCCACGCACGUGGUGGUUGAACGAAGUUCGUUCCCAGAUCACCUGGACUGUAAUCCGAGUCAUACGGGAAACGUUGAGAAAUGUCUAUCCAGUUUCGUGCUUAUCACUUGCAAUACAU